AUGCCGAAGAUGUUUGGUUUCUCUCGGCGCCGGAUGAAGCUGGGGAGGUUGAAGGGUCAUCUACAUGAUCAUUUCCAUGCCUCUCGAAGCCCUUCUCGGACCACCAAGCGUUUCAGUCACCCCAAUGGAGAGGAUCCAUUGACUACCUCAGUGAGUGGUCGUCCCGAUGACCUUGCUUGGCGCUGCUCAUCUGAUACUUUUGAUAUCAAUGGGCGUGCUUUUGAGAGCUCAGAGAACUGGGCGGUGCUGUCAACAGAGGGCGACAAACCAGUUCCUCGUUUUGAUCAUGCAGCAGCCAUGGUAGGGAGCAAAAUGGUAGUAUUUGGUGGCGAUUCUGGUCAGUGUUUGCUAGAUGAUACUAAGAUAUUGAGCUUAGACAAGCUUACCUGGGAUUCUGUUGCUCCUAAAGUUCGACCAUCAUCAAAUGGACGUUCUCUGAAGUUGAGGCCAUGCAAAGGUCAUUGUCUGGUUCCAUGGGGAAAGAAUGUUAUUCUUGUGGGAGGGAAAAGUGAUCAGCCUUCUGACAAGAUAUCAGUAUGGACCUUCAAUACAGAGAGUGAACUCUGGUCACAUAUGGAAGCGAAGGGUGACAUUCCGGUGUCUCGAAGCGGUCAUACGGUUAUUAGAGCAGGUCCUGUUUUAAUUCUCUUCGGAGGUGAAGAUGCCAAAGGGAAGAAACUACAUGACCUUCAUAUGUUUGAUUUGAAGUCAUUAACAUGGCUUCCUCUGAAUUAUAAGGGUGCUGGACCUUCCCCAAGAUCAAAUCAUGUAGCUGCACUUUAUGAUGAUAGAAUUCUAUUGAUUUUUGGAGGUCAGUCAAAGUCCAAGACCCUGAAUGAUAUUCAUGCUCUAGACUUUGAAACAAUGGUAUGGUCAAGGGUCAAAACCCAUGGUCAUCAUCCAUCACCUCGAGCAGGUUGCUGUGGAGCUCUUUGUGGGACUAAAUGGUAUAUUGCAGGGGGUGGAAGCAAGAAAAAACGGCAUCCUGAAACAUGGGUCUUCGAUGUCCUCGAAUCCAAAUGGUCUGUUUGUGUAGUGCCUCCUAGUUCCUCAAUCACUACAAAGAAAGGUUUCAGCAUGGUUCCAUUGUACUACAGGGACAAGAUUGUGCUUGUUGCUUUUGGAGGGAAUAAAAAGGAACCAUCUGACAAGGUUGAAGUACUAGUGGUGCUGCAAAACGAGCACUGUUUCAGUUGGCGAUCUGCACCUGAGGUGGAACCCUUACUGUAUGACGACUCUCCUCCAAGCUCAAGGGAAGUUGCUGACCACCUCAACAAUUGCGCAUCUCUGUACUCUACUAGCUCCGUAGCGAGGAGCAGUCUUGCCACCACAGCGGAAAACUCAUCUGGGAGGAAAUCCCUCCCUGAUUCACUGCUACAGAAUUCAAAUCCCGGGAGCUCAUCGCUCCGCAGGCAGUUUCGUCAGGAAGAGGACUGCAGCCUGGCCCAAAAACUGCAGAAACCAAUCGACGACGACAAAUACAAGGAUGCCGAUGAUUGUUCUGAGCUACCCUCAAUCGCAAACCAAAAACCACGUCACGACACGCCCCAGUCCCCAGAUGUUGAUGCUAAAGCGAGGAGGCUGGGCAGAAGUUCAUCAGACAUCAACAAUCAUCAUCAGGAUACCAGGAUAACCACCCUGAUCAGGAGGAACAUGGCACUGGAGGAGCAGCUUUCAGCCGCGCUCACGAGCAAGGACGAAGCGGAGAAGAACCUUUCCCUGGUCAUCGACAGCAAGGAUGGCCUGGAGAAGAGGUUGGUGGAGAAGGACAGGGAGGUCGAGGCGCUGAAGGAGAAGGCGACCGGGUUAGAACUGGCGCAGGAGGAGUCGAACAACCUGUCCAACACUGUCCACGCCGACAACGUGCGGCUGGAGCGCGAAGUGGCCUUCCUAAAGGCCGUCAUGGACGAGACCCAGAAGGAAUUGCACUCGACUCGUGGAGUUCUUGCAGGAGAACGCGCAAGGGCAUUUCAGCUUCAGGUUGAAGUCUUCCAUCUGAAGCAACGCUUGCAGACGAUGGAAGGGAGGUCACCUACACCACGAAAGCCUCAGAAUCUGUAG